AUGUUGAAUCUUAACAACUGUAAAGGAUCAAUGUCAACAGCUAGUUCUGGUGGUGUUUCCGAUCAGUUUCCGGCAGGGUUACGUGUGUUGGUUGUUGAUGAUGAUCCAACAUGCCUUGUGAUCUUGGAGAAGAUGCUUAGGACCUGCCUUUAUGAAGUUACAAAGUGCAAUCGAGCAGAGAUCGCGUUGUCUUUACUUCGAGAGAACAAAAACGGGUAUGAUAUUGUUAUAAGUGAUGUCCACAUGCCAGACAUGGAUGGAUUUAAACUUCUUGAGCACAUUGGGCUAGAGAUGGAUCUGCCCGUUAUCAUGAUGUCAGCUGACGAUGGGAAAAAUGUGGUCAUGAAAGGUGUAACUCAUGGUGCUUGUGAUUACCUGAUUAAACCGAUUCGCAUUGAGGCACUGAAGAACAUAUGGCAGCAUGUGGUUCGGAAGAGAAAGAACGAAUGGAAGGAUUUGGAGCAAUCAGGGAGUGUCGAAGAGGGAGGAGAUAGGCAGCAGAAACAAUCUGAAGAUGCAGAUUACUCAUCCUCAGCAAAUGAAGGAAGUUGGAAAAAUUCAAAGAGGAGAAAAGAUGAGGAAGAAGAAGCAGAGGAGAGGGAUGAUACAUCCACGUUAAAGAAACCACGUGUGGUUUGGUCAGUUGAACUUCACCAACAGUUUGUUGCAGCAGUUAAUCAACUAGGAAUCGACAAGGCUGUUCCCAAGAAAAUUCUGGAGUUGAUGAAUGUUCCUGGGCUCACUAGAGAAAAUGUUGCUAGCCACCUUCAGAAAUAUCGCUUGUAUCUUAGAAGGUUAAGUGGGGUUUCACAGCACCAGAACAGCAUGGGCAACUCUUUUAUCAGCCCACAAGAAGCAACAUAUGGAGCAUUGUCCUCGCUUAAUGGCCUCGACCUUCAAACUCUUGCUGCUGCUGGUCAACUCCCUGCACAAAGCCUUGCCACACUGCAAGCAGCCGGACUUGGUGGAUCAACAGCAAAACCUAGAAUGCCCAUGCCAAUUGUUGAUCAGAGGAACCUUUUCAGCUUUGAAAAUCCAAAAUUAAGAUUUGGGGAGGGGCCACAGCAACAUUUGAACAAUGGUAAGCAAAUGAACCUACUUCAUGGAAUCCCAACCACCAUGGAGCCGAAGCAGCUAGCCAACUUGCACCAUUCAGCACAGUCCCUCGGGAGCAUGAAUAUGCAACUCAAUGCCCUUGGAGGUCAGAGUGGUCAGAGUGGUUCUUUGCUGAUGCAGAUGUCCCAACAGCAGUCUAGGGGCCAGAUACUAAAUGAAACUACCAGCAGCCAUGCUUCCCGACUCCCGUCAUCCAUAGGGCAGCCUAUUGUCACUACUGCACUUACCAGUGGGGUCUUGGCAAGAAAUGGAUUAGCUGAAAAUGGCAGGGGAACAGGAUUUAAUCCAGUUUCACAAUCAUCUCCAAUGUUGAAUUUCCCCUUGAACACCACAGCUGAAUUGACAGCCACUAGUUUUCCUCUUGGAAGUGCUACUGGAGUGCCUAGUCUCACAUCCAAGGGGACGUUUCAGGAAGAGAUUAACUCAGAAAUGAAAGGAUCUGGAGGAUUCAUGCCAAGUUAUGAUAUUUUUAGUGACUUGCAACAGCACAGAUCCCAUGAUUGGGAGUUACAGAACGUAGGCAUGGCCUUCAAUGGUUCUCAGCGAUCCAACUCUCUGCAUAGCAACAUUGACGUGGCACCAUCAGUUUUAGCUCAUCAAGGCUUCUCUUCUACCCAAAGUAACGGACAGAGCCGGAAUAUAUCUGCUGUAGGCAAGCCGAUGUUUUCAGCAGGAGAUGCAACGGAGCAUGUGAAUGCACAAAGGCUUGGACAACCUAUCAACACCUUUUUUGCUGAGAAUGCAGUGAGAGUUAAGACAGAAAGGGUCCCUGAUGCAAACUCUCAAACUGCCCUCUUUAAUGAUCAGUUUGGUCAGGAAGAUCUCAUGAGUGCGCUUCUGAAACAACAACAGCAGCAGCAGCAGGGAGGCAUUGGACCAGCUGAAAAUGAAUUCGACUUCGAUGGGUAUUCCCUGGAUAAUAUUCCUGUGUAG